ACCUCUUACAGAUACUUUUUACCGGCAGAGACAAGUAAAAAGUUGAAUUGCGUAAUAUUAUAGGAAUACAAAUAUAAAAGAACUUGAUUAAAAGUGAAUAAUUGCUGAAAAAUGCUUAAGCUAAGAAAUGAUUACGUGCUACUUCGAGAAACAAUUAAAAAAAAAGACAAAAAGAAAGCUCAAAAUUUAAUACGAAAAAAUGUUAGUGUUAAUAUUCCCAAUGCAAGAGGCAACACUCCUCUUCAUUGGGCAAUUAUUAAAUUUGAUGAUUUAGAUAUUGUCAAAAUGUUACUCGCUAAAGGAGCUAAUAUUCACGUUAUGAAUCAUCGUCAUCAGAAGCCACUCGAUGUAGCUAUUGAAAAUAACAAAACAGAAGCAGCAUUAUUGUUAAUAAAGAAAGGUGCUCUUGUUGGAGAGGAUUUUAAUGCAUUAUUAUUUAAGUUUAUGACAGAAAAAAAAUACAAAAUAAUUGAAAUGUUAAUUCAUCACGAGUUACAAAAUAAUCCAUCAAUUGAUUUGAAGGUUUUUCUCAAUGCUGCUAUUUCUCACGGACAAUCAGAAAUAAUUGAAAUCAUUUUACUCCACUGCAAUCAAUCUUUAAAACCAAUCGAUAAAUAUAUUCCGAGAGAAACUGUGAUGAAAUCUGAACCACAAUAUAAACAGUGUAUUCAGUCAUUGCUGAAGUGGAAUUUUACUAUUAAUCCAGGCAGUAAAUAUGAUCAAGAUUUCAUUUAUGAAGCUGUCAAAAAUGGUCAUUUACCUGUUGUUCUACGACUUUUAAAAAUGGGAAUUGAUGUCAAUUUAGUAAAUGUAAAAACACGGCUUAAUCUUUUAAAAGUAGCUUGUUUACAUAAACAUCAUGAUAUUGUUGAACAUUUAUUAAAACACAAUGCCUGUGUCAACGUGAAAACACCUACUAAUAUCAAGAUAUUGGAUUAUUUUUCUUAUCACAGUUGCAAUCAUUCACUUUCAUUCAUUAUUAAUACGAGCGAUUUACAUGAUAUAACAUGCUUACAUAUCGCUGUUUUAAAUUCUGACCCAUUGAUGGUUAAAAUCUUAUUAAAGUACGGUGCAACGAUAAUAGAUGAUCCAAAUUUUUUUCGCAUUACCUGCAUUGCUAUACAAUAUAAUAAUGAAGAAAUUUUCCGUAAUUUUUUAGACCAUGGUGUUAAUGUAAAUGAAAUUGAUUCUGAAGGCAAAUCACUUUUACAUUUUUGUGUUCAUCAUGUUUGUGAUGAAAAAGAUCUCAGAUAUAACAUAACCAAAUUGCUUUUAGAAAAAGGUGCAACUAUCCAUUUUCAGACUCCAGGCAAUUCACUUGUGUAUGAUGCAAUAGACAACAGACAUUGUAAAAUCGCUCAACUGCUCUUGGAUAAAAAUGCUGAUAUCCAAUAUACAAACCCAGAAGGAAAUACUUCUCUUCAUGCAGCCAUUAAAAAUAAUUUCGAGGUAAAGUUUAUACAAACCUUGUUGAAACAUCAUUCACCAGUUAAUGCUGUAAACGAUGAUAAACAAACCCCUCUUCAUAUUGCUUGUCUACUGAAUUCAGAGAAUCAAUUAGAGAUCAUUAAAAUGCUUAUAGAAUAUAAUGCAAACGUCAACUGUGCUGAUGUUAAUUUAAUGACACCAUUACAUUUUGUAUGUCGAUAUCCAAAGCUGGAAAUUGUCACAGUUUUGCUUGACAAUAAAGCUAAUCCCAAUGCUUCGAAUAACAUAGGCCAAACGCCUCUUCAUUUAGCUUGUGAACAGGAGUACUUUGUUUUCUUAUGUAUUCCAAUCACUACCAAAAAUGCCAUAACAUUAAGUAUAAUAGAAACAUUGUUGCAACAUAAUGCGAACAUUGAAGCUACAGAUCAGAAUGGUUGGACGCCUCUUUUCGCAGCUUGUAAUUCAGGUAAUGAUACAGCAGUUCAAUGCCUUUUAGAUAACCAUGCCAAUGUCAAUCAUACUGAUUUAGAAAAGUCAACAUCUCUUUAUAUUGCUGCUAAGAAUUUUAGAGAUAAUUCUAAAAUCAUGAUGAUAUUAUUAAAGCAUAAAGUAAAUGUUCAUUUCAUCGAUAAAUCAGGAAAAUCGAUCAUUCAUGUGAUUGCCCAAAGCAAUGCAGCAAAAGUUAUGAAAAGUCUUUCUCGUACACAAAUCAACUUUAAUCCUAUUGACAAAGAAGGAAAUACUCCUCUUCACAUCGCUGUGGAAUACGAAUCUGUAGAAAUGGUUAGAAAUCUCAUAAAAUAUGGCGCUAAUGUUAAUAUUUUGAAUAAAACAAAUCAAACUGCUCUGAGUAAUGCUAUAAAGUACAUGAUUGACUGCCAAACUAAAUUUGUAGUUCUUGGUAUUAUACGUUUUUGGGUAUCUUCGGAGGAUAGCCCUCAGAUUGAUUUUCAUCGUCAUUCCUGUACAAAUUCAAUAAAUAAUUACAAAGAAAUAAUAAAGAUACUAAAAAUACAAAUUGUUAAAUUAAAAACUGCUAAACUGAAGGUUAAUAAUUCAAAUUUAAAGAUAGUUUAUAAAUCUGAUGACAUGGAAGCCAGCGAUGAUAAUUCUAGUGAUGGAGAUGACAGUGACGACGAAGAUCCAAUAAUCGAUGUUCUACAACUCGAAAUAGAUUGUGAGGCAGAAAUCGAAAAGCUAAAGAUAGAGAAUAUUGGUGUAAAUAACAUGACCUUUCAAGACUUGUUGACAAUAAAUAUUCAUCGUUUAAGUAGAUUUGUCAAAAAUAAAAAAAUUAGACAAACAUUAGAACUGGAAGUGUACGAUGAAAAGUUUCCACUGUAUAUAGAUAUUAUCAGGGGCCGUUUUCGAGAUGCCAAAUUCAGAUGUAGAAUGAUGAACUCUGCCAAAAAGUACUUCUCUUCAAAUAUCACUCAACGAUUAUCUGAUGAUUGUAUUGAUUUAGUAUUUAGUUACCUAAAUAUCAAAGACUUAAAAAUGUUCACCAGAGCUUUUAAACCAUUAUCAAAAACAUGUCCGGAAUGUCGACGAAAAACAGAUGGCACCAAAAUUCAUCCAAUUUACAUUCAAAUGGGUAGAAAUUCAAUUCCUGAUGAAAAUUUAGCAGUUUUACAAGAAUUGUUAAGUAAUUUAGAAUCUGAAAUUAAAUCAAAAGAUACAGAUCUUAAUCAUUAUAAAAAUGAAUUUCAAAAAUUUAAAAACCAAGCUAUAGAAUUGAGGAAAGAAAUAAAAUUGGGAAUUUCCACAUCUCUGAAGACAGUUAACUUCCUUUCUGCGUUAAAGGAUCAUUCCCCCCCUCUUGUAAUCUUUUCUGGCCAUUUAGUUACCUUCAUACCUGCAAAAAGAAGAGAACUCUUACCUGCUUUACAAAAUUACAGCUAUAAAAUGAAAAUUAAAAAUAUGACACUGCAUAAUUUUUAUGCCUCAAAAACAAGAAGUAAUAGUCCACUUCAUCGUGCAAUUAUUGAAUUUGAGGACUUAAAUACCAUAGAAAGAUUACUGAAGGAAGGAGCUAAUAUUCAUGUUAAGAAUCAUGAAAACUAUAAACCACUUGAUCUCGCAAUUCAAAAUGAUAAUACGCAAGUCGCAUUAUUGCUUAUCAGAAGAGGUGCUCUGGCUGGUGAAGAUUUGAAUGAAUUAUUGCUAACAGUCAUGGAAAUGAACAAUGCUACAAUUUUUAAAAUAAUUCUAGAUUAUGGAAUCAAAUUGUAUCCAUUAAUUGACUUGGAAAAUCUUUUUAUUGUCGCGAUUCUUCAGAGACAACCCAAAGUUAUUCAACACAUUUUACCUCACAUUCAAUUUUUCAAACCAUCUGAUAAAUAUAUUCCAAGAGAAGCUGUGAUAAAUUCUGGUCCACAAUGUGAAGAGUGUCUCCAGGUAUUGCUAAAAUGGAAUUUCAUCGUUAGUCCAUAUAGUAAUUACGAUGAAGAGUUUAUUUUUGGAGCAAUCAAAAAUGGUUACUUGCCAAUUGUUAUACAGCUAAUAGAAAAUGGAAUUGAUGUUAACAUGGUUAAUUCAGAUACUGGAUUAAAUCUUCUGAAAGUUGCCUGCAUAUAUAAACAACAUGAGAUUGUUGAAAUUCUAUUGAAGAACAGUGCCUGUACAGAUGAGACGAUACCCACUAGAAGUGGGGCAUUACUUCAUCAAGAAUAUUACAAGUGCGUCUAUUCGUAUUCGACAAUUAAAGAGUCAAAUUAUUUACGUGAAAUAGCAUGUUUACACAUUGCUGUUUUUAAUUCUGAUUCGAAGACACUUAAAUUUUUAUUAAAAUAUGGUGCAAAGAUAAUAGAUGAUCCAACCUUUUUCAACAUCACCUGUAUUGCAGUACGAAUCAAUUGUAAAGAAAUCGUUCGUAUCUUCUUGGACCAUGGUGUUGAUGUUAAUUACAUCGAUUCCGAGGAAGAGACACUUCUGCAUUCCUGUAUUUGUGGCAAUUAUGGUACCAGAGAUGAUAGAUAUGACAUCGCUGAAAUGCUUUUAAAAAGAGGUGCAACAAAACUCAUUCAAACUCCAUACAAUACACUUCUCUUUCAAGUAAUAGAGAAUGGACAUCACAGAAUAGCUCAAUUAUUUCUGGAUUAUGAUGCUGAUGUUCAAGCUGUUAAUCUAAAUGGUGAUAAUUUACUUCAUAAGGCUAUAGAAAAUAAAGUUGAUAUUGAGUUUAUAGAAAAUUUGUUAAAACGCAAUGUACCAGUCAAUGCCACAAACAACGAUCUGCAUACACCACUCCAUAUUGCUUGCAGACUCUUUUGUAACGAUACAUCGAAAGUUAAAGAAUACAUUAAAACUCUUUUGAACUACGAUGCGAAUAUUAAUUGUGUUGAUCAUGGUUUGAUGACUCCUUUACACUUUGCAUGUUAUCUCCAGAAACCAGAAAUCAUAACUGUUCUGCUUGAAAAUGGAGCAAAUCCUAAUGCUAAAAAUAAUGAUGGUCAUACAUCUCUUCAUAUAGUUUGUAAACAUGAGAAUGAUGAGGAAAUUUUAUGUAGGUUCAUCGAUGAUAAGAGUCCAAACAUCGUCGAAUUAUUGUUGAAAUAUAAUGCAGAUAUUAAAGCUAUAGAUGUGAAUGGCUGGUCUCCAUUCCGUUUAGCAUGUGAAACAAAAAGUACUAGAGCAAUCAAAGCUCUGAGAAAGCUCCAGACUUUAUAUUGAUAAUUUUAUUAAAUAUUUACCUUAUCUUUAUAAUUAUACUUAUUUUUGUACAUUUGCAUCUUUUAAACAUUGUAUAAAAAAUAUAAAAUUAAUACCCAUUUUUACAUAUCAUCUUCUAAAUAAUACGUUCAUAAUUUAAUCGUGUAUAAAUUACUUUAGUAUAGUCGUGUAAAUAGUGAUAUUCAAUGUAAUUACCACUGCUAACUAUGAAAACUAUGACGUCGUGGAAUAUGCGAUUUUUCGACACUUUUUCAACUUGUAAUCGUUUAGUAGAAUCGAAAUAAUAAUACUCUGCUAUGCUUGAAUUCACCUUCAUUUUCAUUAAUUUAUUUA